AUGAAGACAUAUUUAACAAAUAAAUAUUUGCAGUAUUCUGAAGAAAUAUCAAGAUAUUGGUGUAAAAAAGAACAUUUUAUAUCUGACUAUCUUUUACCUAAGUCUAUUAUUAAUCAAUUUGAUAAAAAGAUUUUAAAGGCUUAG